CAGGUGUGACGUUACUUCCUGUUACAAAGUUUAUGUUCCUGUAGGUUUAUACUAACAUAGAUAUAUUUAUAAUGACGAGAUACUCUUGUCUCCGCCCUAACAAUGAGUCGUUGUUUCAAAAGCGGGAAGGCAGGCGACAAGUUCCAAAAUAAGCAUAUAGAAAAGCUAAGGGCUUCUAUUGAACAGAUUUAGGCGAGAGUGAACCCUCUCGUUUCGCCUCUUCCUCUCGGAUUUUUGCUGCGGCCACCCAAUGGCCGCCACCCAGAAUCAGAGGAGACAAAAAUGCCCAACAAGACAUUUAGCUAUAUGAAUAGCAAAACCACAGAGAGCCUAAACUGCUCAACUAUUUAGCGUUUUCUUAAUUCUAUGGAAACGUAUUUUGAGAGCGGAAUUGGUACGGAAAUCAAAAUGCCUUGUCAAAAUCAGCAGCUGAACAACAAUGACAGACAAGAACACGCGGCAAUGAGCAGCACCAAGCAGGUUCGGUUUGCUAGCUGCGGAAACAGCGUUCUGACAGAGUCGAAUAGAGAUGCAGAAGUCGCCGAAACUUGUGAAAAUGUAUUCAACAGUGAACUACAGAGGCAGAUCGGAUCGCAAUUAAAACUGCUUCCUUUGAAUGACCAAAUACGAGAAUUACAGACCAUCAUUAGAGACAAGUCUACUAGCAGGGGAGAUUUUGUAUUUUGUGCUGAUAGAUUGAUCAGACUAGUGGUUGAAGAGGGACUCAAUCAGCUGCCAUACAGCGAGUGUACAGUGACCACUCCUACAGGGCAUAAAUAUGAUGGUGUCAAGUUUGAAAAAGGCAACUGCGGUGUCAGCAUUAUGAGAAGUGGCGAGGCCAUGGAGCAGGGCCUCAGAGACUGCUGCCGGUCCAUCCGUAUCGGUAAGAUCCUAAUCCAGAGUGACGAGGACACCCAGAAGGCCAAAGUCUACUAUGCAAAGUUCCCCCCAGACAUCAGCAGGAGGAAAGUCCUCCUCAUGUACCCCAUUCUCAGUACAGGUAACACAGUGAUUGAGGCUGUGAGAGUUCUGACUGAACAUGGUCUUCAGCCCAAACAUAUUAUCCUCCUGAGUCUCUUCUCCACCCCUCACGGUGCCAAAUCCAUAAUUCAAGAGUUCCCAGAAAUCACCAUAUUGACCACCGAGGUGCACCCUGUGGCUCCCACACACUUUGGCCAGAGGUACUUUGGGACAGACUAGUCAGCCCUCCAGGGCCAUUCAAUGGGACACCAUACUAUGAGAACCAACCAUUGAAUGGUCCCUCUGUCAGUAUGUCCACUUAUUUCAAAAGCAGUUGUUACCCUGCUGAAGAUUCUUGCUUUGCAGUGUAUGCCGCCUUAACGUGUGCUCCUCAGUCUGACAAAAACAAUGCAAAGAUUUUCCUGGAAACAAAAAAAGCACAUUCCAUGUAGGUCUUUUAGGAACUAGUCUAGCGAGCUUGCAUGUACUGCUGCCAUUUUAUUUAUUCAGUAAUGGUAGUUMAUUCUAGGUUGUUUUUCCUCAUUAGAAAGUCUAAAUAAUUUAAAUAUAUUUUUUCAAUAUAUUCUAUUCAAAGUAUGUGAGCGGAGUUGAGCAGUCGGAAAUCCUGCUCGUCACGUCCUUUCCAACCACUCCGCUAAAAACCUCUCCGCACUCACAGGGGAGAAAAAAUGCCGCUCAAUUCUCUCCAUUCAUUAAAAUCACCAUUUAACCAA